AUGCACGGUAAAUCAUCAUAAAUUGGUAUAAAUUCCAAGACGAAAAUUAUAAUUACUCCUUCUAUGCCACAAAAUUUUUAAAAUUAUAACCCUGCCAGUAUUACCUGCAGUUACUCCAACAGUCCUGAUAUUCCACAAUAAAUUUGUUAUAAUAAUGGCCCAUUCGUUCAAUAAAUUUUUACAAACUAUCAUCGCCGUGGAUGAGUUCGAACCUGAAGAGAUCGCCCUUUUUCUGGCGUUCCACGACCAAGAAAAAUCCGAGCAAAAGGCUUCCAGAAAGAAAUUCGCUCUUCAAGACAUCUCUGAUCAGCAGUGUGUCGACUGGUUUAGAUUCCAACGCGAGGAUAUCGAAUUAUUGCGCAAGGAGCUGCUCAUCCCGGAUGUGGUGCGUACUGAAUCCGGGUCGAUUUGCGAAGGAACUGAAGCUCUGUGCAUUCUUCUCCGUCGACUAGCAUAUCCGUGUCGCUAUACAGAUCUGACAAUAAUCUUCCAUAGAUCCAUAACGGAACUUUGUAUGGCCUGCCACUGGGUUAUUGAGCAUAUCUAUUGCCACUUCAUUCAUCUCUUGAAUACCUUGGAUUUGUGUUGGCUUACACGAGAUGAUUUGCAGGGCUUUGCUGAUGCAGCCCUUGCCAAGGGGGCGCCCCUGGAUAACGUUUGGGGCUAUAUCGAUGGCACUGUGCGACCAAUUUGCAGGCCUUCCGAGGGGCAGCGUGUAGUCUGGAAUGCACACUAUCGCCUGCACAGCAUGAUUUUCCAGUCUGUCGUUGCUACAAAUGGCAUGAUCGUGAAUUUAGACGGUCCGUGGCCAGGAAGAAGACAUGAUGCAGGAAUUCUCGCUGAUAGUGGCCUAAUAGAUAAACUCCGAGAAAAAAUGGUGGAAAUUGGGAAAAAGUUUAUUUUAUACGGAGAUCCUGCUUAUCCAUCAAACGAAUACAUUGAGGCACAAUUUCGAAGACGCAUGGCGCCACUUCCGGAGGAUCAAGAGCAGUUCAACGAAGCUGCAAUUCUAACAAACUGCCACACUGCUCUCUAUGGAAGUCAAACGGGAAUUUAUUUUGGAGUCGAUCCUCCUUCUUUAAAAGAAUAUCUGAGGAAUGUUAGGAUUAAUGAAGAUUAA